AUGGCGAACAGGACAGUUUCAGACGCGAUCGCAGUACACGGAACGAACCCACAGUAUCUAAUUGAAAAGAUUAUAAGAACUCGCAUAUACGAAUCACUUUACUGGAAGGAAUCUUGUUUCGGUUUGACCGCCGAAACUUUAAUCGAUCGUGCGAUCGAGCUGACGUCCAUCGGUGGACAGUACGGUAACCAGAAACCGACGGAAUUUCUCGCUCUGGUUUUGAAAUUACUUCAACUGCAACCGGCAAAGGAGAUUAUUAUAGAGUUUAUUCGACAAGAAGACUACAAGUAUUUACGAGCGCUGGGUGUGUUUUACUUGAGACUAGUCGGGACCAGUUUGGAAAUUUAUCAGUAUCUGGAGCCAUUAUUAAAUGACUACAGGAAAAUGCGCUUGCGUUUACCAA